GAGAAUCUCACAAAAGCCUCCGUCCUCCUCUCCUUGUUCCUCAACCUCUUCACCAAGUCUCACUUCUUUCAGUUUUUUUUUCUUAUAUAUAUAAAAAAAUUAGAAAAAAUCUUACCGGUUAAGAAACCCUAAUUCUGUCUGGGCCGUAGUUUUUUUCUCCAUUGCUAAUUUCAAAAACCCUACUUCUUUUAAUCUCAUUAUAAUCACUUAAUCUGGUGAUUAAUUUUCCCACAAGCACUUUGAGGUAAGCCUAAAAGAUCUCUGGUUAAUAAUAUAUUAAGUAUUUAAUCAAAUUCAUUAUUAAGUUGUUAUUCGGAUUUAAACAAGUGUUAAUCUGAUCAUCAACUAGGGUUUUAGUGGGUUUAACGAACAAUUAUGGAUGAUUUAGAAAAGGCAAUACUUAUAAGUUUUGAUGAAUCUGGAGCAGUUGAUUCUGCUCUUAAAGCACAAGCAGUUGGUUAUUGUCGACAAAUUAAAGAAACUCCAUCAAUUUGUAGUAUAUGUAUUGAGCGUUUAUGCUUUUCGAAAUUGGUACAAGUUCAGUUUUGGUGUUUACAAUGCCUGCACGAGGUUCUUCGGGUUCGGUAUUCGUCUAUGGGUGUAGAGGAGAAAUCGUUUAUUCGAAAAUCUGUGUUCUCGUUGGCGUGUUAUGAGAGCAUUGAUGAUAAGAAUUUGGUAAGGGUUUUGGAUGGUCCAGCUUUUAUUAAGAAUAAACUUGCUCAAGUUAUGGUUACUUUAAUUUAUUUCGAGUACCCGAUGAUAUGGCCUUCGGUAUUUGUUGAUUUUUUGUCGAAUCUUAGUAAAGGUGUUAUCGUUAUUGAUAUGUUUUGUCGAGUUCUUAAUGCAUUGGAUGAAGAAGUGAUUAGUUUGGACUAUCCAAGAAGCCAAGAGGAGGUGGCUAUAGCUGGGCAAAUUAAGGAUGCGAUGAGGCAGCAGUGUAUAUCUCAGGUUGUUAGGGCUUGGUACGAUAUUCUGUUAAUGUAUAGGAAUUCGGAUCCGGAUUUGUGUUGUAGUGUUUUAGAUUCUAUGAGGAGGUAUGUUUCGUGGAUCGACAUAGGUUUGAUAGCAAAUGACGCGUUUGUUGGGUUGUUAUUUGAGUUGAUGUUGGUGAGUGGUUUUCCUUGUCAACUCAGAGGUGCCGCUGCUGGUAGCAUCCAUGCUGUUGCUGCUAAGCGUAUGGAUCCGAAAGCAAAACUCACUCUUUUGCAGAGCCUUCAGAUUAGAAAGGUUUUUGGUUUGGUAGCAGAGGAUAAUGACAUCGAGUUGGUAUCAAGUGUUGCUUCUUUGCUUACGGGAUAUUCAACUGAGGUUUUGGAAUGUUUGAAGCGUUUGAACUCUGAGGAUGGAAAAGCUGUCCCAACUGAACUAUUGAAUGAGGUUUUGCCCUCUGUUUUCUAUGUAAUGCAAAAUUGUGAAAUUGAUGAAACUUUCAGUAUUGUGCAGUUCCUCUCUGGGUAUGUUGGCACAUUGAAGAGUCUGGUUCCAUUGACCGAGACACAGUCACUUCAUGUAGGCCAGAUACUGGAAGUUAUUCGGUCUCAAAUCCGAUUUGACCCUGCUUAUCGUAAUAACCUCGACGUGUUGGACAAAUUAGGGAAGGAAGAGGAAGAUCGGAUGACUGAGUUUAGGAAAGAUUUGUUUGUUCUACUUCGGAGUGUGGGCCGUGUAGCACCUGAUGCAACUCAGAUUUUCAUAAGGAACUCCUUAGCUAGUGCUGUUGCAUCUAAUGUGGAUGUGGAUGUUGAGGAGAUAGAAGCUGCACUCUCUCUUCUGUAUGCCUUUGGGGAAUCACUUAAUGAUGAAACCAUGAAAACAGGAAAUGGUCUCUUGGGAGAACUAAUACCAAUGCUUUUGUCGACGAAGUUUCCUUGCCACAACAACAGGCUUGUUGCACUUAUCUACUUGGAAACAGUUACGAGGUAUAUGAAAUUUUUUCAGGAGAACACACAAUACAUUCCCUUGGUUUUAAGUGCCUUUCUUGAUGAAAGAGGGAUACAUCAUCCAAAUAGCAAUGUGAGUCGAAGGGCAAGUUAUCUUUUCAUGAGGAUUGUGAAGCUGCUCAAAGCAAAGCUUGUACCUUACAUAGAGACAAUUCUGCAGUUUCUGAACUCCUCACUUGAUAUGUUCAUUCAGAGUUUACAAGAUACAGUUGCUCAAUUCACAACAAUUUAUGCUGCCUCCAAGGAGCUUUCAGGUUGUGAAGAUGGUAGUCACAUUUUUGAGGCGAUUGGCUUAUUAAUUGGAAUGGAAGAUGUACCACUUGAAAAGCAAUCAGAGUACUUAACGGCGUUGCUUACUCCUCUUUGUCAGCAGGUUGAGGCUAUGCUUUUAAAUGCCAAAGCUCAGAAUCCUGAAGAGUCUCCAGAAAAGAUCAGAAAUAUCCAGCAGAUAAUUAUGGCCAUUAAUGCUCUCAGCAAGGGUUUUAGCGAGCGUCUUGUAACUGCCAGUCGUCCUGCAAUUGGUCUCAUGUUUAAACAGACAUUGGAUGUCCUCCUACGUAUUCUUAUCAUAUACCCAAAGCUAGAACCUUUGCGGUGCAAGGUCACAUCAUUCAUUCACCGCAUGGUGGACAUACUAGGAUCGUCUGUAUUUCCAUAUCUACCAAAGGCACUGGAGCAAUUGCUAGCCGAAAGUGAGCCGAAAGAACUGGCAGGAUUUCUGCUGUUGCUUAAUCAGCUUAUCUGCAAAUUCAACACUGGAGUUGGAGACAUUCUGGAGGAAGUUUACCCUGCUAUUGCUAGUAGAGUAUUUAAUAUUCUCCCUAGAGAUGCUUUCCCUACAGGUCCUGGAAGCAAUACAGAGGAAAUCCGUGAGCUACAGGAGCUUCAGAGGACGUUUUACACUUUCCUUCACGUGAUUGCUACACAUGAUCUGUCAUCAGUUUUCCUAGCCUCCAAAAGUAGGGCUUACUUGGAUCAGAUGAUGCAGCUGAUAUUGCAUGCAUCCUGUAAUCACAAGGAUAUUCUUGUUCGUAAGGCAUGUGUACAGAUAUUUAUAAGACUAAUCAAAGACUGGUGCGCGAGUCCUUAUGGUGAAGAAAAGGUGCCUGGUUUCCGAAGUUUUGUGGUGGAGGCCUUUGCAACCAACUGUUGUCUGUACAGUGUCCUUGACAAAUCCUUUGAGUUCCGUGAUGCAAAUACACUUGUUCUUUUCGGCGAGAUUGUAUUGGCUCAGAAGGUCAUGUUUGAGAAAUUUGGCAAUGAUUUUCUUGUUCAUUUUUUAUCAAAAAGCUUCCAAAGUGCUCAUUGCCCUCGGGAUUUGGCUGAGCAGUAUUGUCAGAAAUUGCAGGGUAAUGAUAUUAAAGCACUGAAAUCAUUCUACCAGUCACUUAUUGAAAAUCUGAGACGUCAACAAAAUGGAAGCUUGGUGUUUAGAUAGCAUUUCCGUACAAUGAGAUCAAUCACUAUAUUGUUGCCGAUUUGCUUCUUGUUGUAACCAGUUGUCCUGGUUAAUUAAUUUUUUCAAUAGGGUUCUUUCUGUAAAUAUUGUUUGUUGGAGUCUCAUGGACAGCGGGGUGUAAAUUUGCGGAUGCAGUUUCUUGAUAUGAAGAUGUUAAUUUAUCACACAAUUUUGCUGCUCAUGACGGUGGAGGCGGCUGCUGAAGGCGUUUUUGUGUAAAUGUAUUUAUUUUUACAGCGCCUUGAGGGAUUUUUGUUUUACAACGCCUUUGAAUGGCUUUCUGGUACCGUCUUCUUUUUAACAUUGAAAAGUUUUCUGUUAGUUCUAUAUGUGCCUUUAAAUCUGCAGGUGGGUUGGGACUUUUAGUGGGGGUGUGGCGGGCAGGGUGGUUACCAAUGUUGAUUUUUAGCAUCUUCAGUUUAGAUCUACUGAUAUGCAGAUUUGUUCUGUGGCACUGAGAGUUCUAUUGGGUGCUGCCAGUGUUUGCAUAAAGUAGUGCAUUUUGAUUGUAUUUAGGCCAUCGUUUUAUUUUGGUUCAAAAGUUAGGUUUGUUAUUUUGUACAUCGACGUGUGAUUCUCGAAUAAAGAUCAGUUUAACAA